AAUAAUCAACAAGCUUCAAGAGCAACACCAAGAAAUGGAAGUUUAGCUCCUCAUUUGGAGACUAAACAUAGCUAGAAAAAUAUAAAGAAAUGUUAUUCUAAACUGAGCUUAAGAGUAUAGAAGAAGGAAUGAUUUUUAGAGGAAAAAAAAGUGUGCUAUUUAUAGGUGUUAUUCAACACCGUACCUUUGGCCGGGUACCCGACCGGGUCAAGUGCCUACCCGACUGAGUCCGGUCAAAAUCAGAUAUUUCUCCACGUUCUGGUGAUCUUUGCACGCCGGAUUGUCUCCGGUCACUUCUCACCCGACCGGGUGAGGUAGUGGGCCCGAUCGGGCCAAUGCAAUUUAUUUGCAUGUUCGAUUUUCACUUCUUUCCCGACCGGGUAAAGGGUUGUACCCGGUCGGGUAUUUGCUCCUGGACAGCCAAAUCUUCUUUUUCUUAACUUCAAAGUCUUCCUUUCCAACACCUCAAAUCCUAACUAUACUUUACGACUCAUAAAUAAAGACUAAAAUACAAUUACAACUAAAAUCACAUAAAUGUUUACAAACUAAGUAAAACGUCAAACAAUCAACAUAAAUCAAACAUAAAAACAUAUAAUUAUGCACUACUAUUUAGUGUGCAUCAAGCAACACUAAAUAUUUUUGUUGGAGAAGAAACUAAAAAAGUUUCAAUUUUUAAUGAAAUAAAAAAUGAGCCAAAAAAAUCUAUUUUGAAAGGAUAAGAACUUAAAAAGUCGCCUCAGUGCGAGUUAAAACCACCGACACUUCAGGUGGUGACAAAGAAGAAAAUUCGGCCUUACUGGAAAAGGUCGAAGAAGAAAGCUGAAAUAUGGCCAAACAUGGCCUUUGAAAAUGAAACAAGGGAUGCUCACAAUCCCACUUAAAACAGAAAAUAAAAUAAAAAUAACGUCGUGCCGCGACAUUAAAUCAAGCGCUUCUUGGGAGGCAACCCAAGUUUGUAUUUAGAUCAUUUUCAUUUUGUGUGUAAGAAAACCCUUUCAAAAAAAAUGACCUAGGGAUUGAACCCGAUCGGGUAUGAAACCCAACCCGGUCGGGUCCCUUCAUAAAACACAUCACCCGGCCCAAUCACCCAGGAGAGGCAGUUGUGGAACAGAGGAAAAAUCAAAACACCUGACCGGGUCACCUUCAUAUACCCGGCUGGGCGUUUUGCUUAAAAACUUUCUGGAGAGCCAAAGUUAGGCCCGACCGGGUCUACUACACCACCCGGUCGGGCGUUUUGCCCAAAAAACUCUCUGGAUAGUUGUGAGUUAAGCCCGACCGGGUCAUAUUACCCCACCCGUCCGGGUCAUCGGGUUUUGACAGCAAAAGAGGCCGGGUAACCACCUUCUUCCCCAUUUCCCCUCUCCCCCAUACGAACCACAACUCUCAAAACCUCCAUUUUCGCACCUCAAACAUUCGAUUCCUCCCCAUUUCACCACCAAAUCUAUCACUUAAACACAUUUUCUUCAUCUCCUCAACACCCUCUUCCAUUUUCUACCCAAAAAUCCUACCCAAAUCCAUCCCCAAAAGAAAUACGAAAACCCUAAGCCCCCAUACCCCAAAGUUCCGAUUUUUCCCCUAAAAAUCCCAAGAAAUCCCAAUUUCUUUUCCUAAUAAUCAUCCUCUCCACUCUCACAACCCCAAAAUACCCAAAACCCACCAAAAAUCCAAAGUUCCAAAUCCCACCCCACCCAAGUCCGAAAAUACCAAGAAAAAAUCCCAAAAAAACAUCUACUUUCAUGGCUCCUAAAAAGUCCAAAGCAUCUUCUUCAAGGGGUAACCAAGCUAUUGCACCCGUUCCGGAUUUUGAGAGUGUGAAAUUUAACAACGAGAUCCACAAAAAGCGCUUCAUAGGGCAAAUCAAACGGGAGGUAAACCAAUCAUGUUUCAUAUGCAUUACUACGCUAGUGUCAUUCAUGCUUGAUGCGAUUAUGAGUGAGAUUUUCACAAACGUUGGGAUGCUUAGGAUAUUUGAGAUACAAUAUGUUACCUACCCACAUUUGGUGUAUGAAUUAUUUAGUUCAUUUAAGCAAAUAGCAAAUUUUGAUGAUCAUGCUGAAAGUAGAAUCACAUUUCGUUUAUUGAAUGAGAACCGUUCAUUGACCAAGCGGGAGUUUGCCCAACACUUUGGCCUCCCCUUUUUCAAUGAAGAAUGUGAACAUGACACUUUUGUGGGUGUGGAAUUGUGGCAAAGGAUGACACGUCAGGUGGAUGUGGAGCUCAGACACCUUAGUGUGAAUCGUGUACAACAUCCGGUCUUCCGAAUUUUCUUAAAAUUCUUAUCAAACUGUUUUCUUGGAAGACCGAAUAACCAUCAAACAAGGGUAUGAGAUGUUUGUAUUCUUGGACAAGCUGUUUUACCAUGCUCGGAUCAAGUGGAUGUUGCCUCCAUCCUAUGGGAUCACUUCGAGACAAUGGCAACUUCCACAGGAACUAUUAGGUUAAGGGGCUUGAUUACACAUUUAGCUACACUCUAUGGCUUUGUAGACACAUGCCCAUUACCUCAGGAAAGCUAGUUCGCACCCCAUGGCUCCUGAAAAAUACCAAAGAUAUUGUUUUUUCUCAUAAAACACCCGGUGGGGUAGAUAUCUACAAUUGGUUAAUCGAUCCACCUAAUUCCAUUUAUGCACAAAUACCCUCAGUCGACCUCCCUUUGAACCUUUUGGAUCACCAAAUUGGUGAUGGGCACCACUAUUGUCUCCCCGGGAGAAUACCACUCCAUUACCAACAAGAACAACCCCAACAAGAACAACCUGCAGUUGAACCACCACCCCUCAUUCCUGAACAACCUCAACCACAACCCAAUGCUCACCAAUAUUCACCAUUUGAGCAACAAAUGCUAAAUAACAUGAAUGCUCUAAACCUCAAGUACACUCAACUUCGAGAGGAAGUUGUAUUGCAUAGAACUGAGCAAAGGCAGAACUAUGAGAGGAUAGAGGAGAAAAGGCAAGCGGACUGACGGAGAUACGAACAAGAUCGGCGGAGAGAUCAGGAGGACCAAAGGAGGACUUUUGGCCCUAUCUACUCCUAUGUAGCACAUCAGGGUGACUUUGCAUCUAUGACCACUCCUCCUCCGGCACCCUCAUGGUAUAACCCCACUGAAUAGGGUUAUUUUGGCGGUUCGAGCUCUAGUGGUGGAGGCGGGAAUGACGGAUACGGCGGUGGUCACAUGGAUGAGGAUACACACUUUAGGGGCUACCAUGGCUAUGGAGGAUUUUUUUAUGGCGGAGAUGCAGACGGGCACUAGGAACUGUGCCUUGGACUAGCGGUGGGGGAGAUCUUUCCGGAUCCUAAAGGUGAUGACUAAAGAGAGUUCAUUGCAUGAAGAAAUUGGAAUUGAGUAUCCCUUGAUGUAUUCUUUUUAUGUUGGGGAUAUUUUAUGAUUAUUUUGUUUCUAAAAACACUUUGUGAUGGUUGUGUUGAUGAACUUAUCAUUUUAGGAUUUCUUGGAUUGCAUUUACUCCAGACGAGUAAAGAUUCAAGCGUGGGGAUAUUUGAUAUGCACUAGUUUAUAGUGCAUAAAUGCAUGUUUUUAUAUUGAUUUUGUGUGGAUUUUAUAUCAUUAUUAGUUAGUUUGUAAGCAUUUGUUUUAUUUUGUUUGUAAUUAUUUUUAGCUUCCAUUUAUAGUUGUAGAAUAGUGGUAGAGUUUUUAGCAAGGAAAAGGAGAAAAAGCUGAAGACAAAAAAACCAAGUGCGCAAAACCCGGCCGGGACAGACCCUGAACCCGGUCGGGUCUGAUUUGAAAACCGAGCCUCUGAGGAAAGAGCUGGACCCGGUCGGGUCAACUAAGCCACUCGGUCAGGUCAGACUUGACCCGGAACACCAGAAUGUGGAGAAUAUCUUAUUUUGACUGAACCCGAUCGGGUCAGACUUGACCCGGAACACCAGAACGUGUCGAAGAUCAGCAGAACGUGGAGAAUAUCUGAUUUUGACUGGACCCGGUCGGGUAGGCACUUGACCCGG